AUGUGGACGGCUGUAUGCGCCGCUGACUUCUUCUCCUUACUCCUCUGCCAGAUCAGAGGCUUAUUCGAGGGUCUUAUCUCCAUCUGCAAAGAAUCAACCAACAGGAAACAACCUAGUUUCGCAGCCGUUCUUGAGUUGCUUAUCUUCUCCUCUCUCAUAGCCACCGUCUUCUUGGUCUUAGCCGUUUUUAUCUCCGGUGAGCAUCAUGAAGUGAAGAGACAUAUGGAUGAGUUUGCCUACGUGAGGACUAUGGUUGGUCUAGCCGUCGCAUGGCAGAUCUAUUGGGUCGGGAUCGUAGGGCUCGUGUUCGUAGACUCGGCUGUGUUCUCGAACGUGAUCAGCGUCUGUUCGUGGCCGGUCGUGUCGCUUCUUGUGGCUCUUUUCUAUAGUAAGUACGACCAGUUCCAUGUCUUGAGUGGAACCGCCUUAGCCACGGCCGCUAUUAGCGUCGGAUCUUAUUUCUACUUGAUUCACAAAGACAAGAAUGACGAUGACGAGGACACGAACUAA